UUUUUAGCAUUUCAUUUGUAUUUUUGAAAGAAAAAAAAAAGUGGAAGAGCUAAAAAAGUAUAGUGAUAUACACAAAUUAUAUUAGUAAAAAAGAUCAAAAAUUGACAAGAGCAAUAAGCAAAUCAAAUAAAAAAAAGAUGGGUAGAGCUCCUUGUUGUGAGAAAAUGGGACUGAAGAAAGGGCCAUGGUCUCCUGAAGAAGACAACAUUCUCAUAUCUUACAUUCAAAAUAAUGGGCAUUCCAAUUGGCGUGCCCUCCCUAAACUUGCUGGACUAUUGAGAUGCGGAAAGAGUUGCAGACUGCGAUGGACUAAUUAUUUGCGUCCAGAUAUAAAGAGAGGAAAUUUCACCAAAGAAGAAGAAGACACCAUAAUCAAGCUUCAUGAAAAUCUUGGCAAUAGAUGGUCCGCAAUAGCAGCAAGAUUACCAGGACGAACAGAUAAUGAAAUAAAAAACAUUUGGCACACCAACUUAAAGAAAAAGCUGAAGAAUUAUCGGCCUUCUCAAAAUUCCAAAAGACACUCCAAGAUUAAUCAUGUUUCCAACAAGGGUCCUACAACUUCUGAAUCCUCCAAUAAUUCUGAUUUUAGUACUAAUAAUAGUACAAGUACUAAACAACACAUUAAAAUUGCCCCUAACUCACCACAACUUUCAUCUAGUGAAAUCUCAAGUGUGACAUUAGUUGUUGAUGAUAAUCAAAUGGUGAUUAUAAAGGAAGAAAAAAUAGAGUCAUCGUCGUUGGAGUAUUUCCCCAAGAUCGAUGAGAGUUUUUGGACAGACGAAUUAUCAACGGAGAAUAAUAUGGUUGUUGGUCAUGAUCAAGAAAUACAAGUGAGGGAAGAAAAUGUGGACAUAUUUACUACUAGUUCAAAAAUGGAGGAGGACAUGGACUUUUGGUACAAUGUUUUCAUAAAGACAGGGGAUUUGCCAGAAUUACCAGAAUUUUGAGGGGUCUAUUUUGAUUGUUAUGUAAAUUUGAGAUUAAUUAGUGGUAUUUCUAGCUAAUAGGUUUUUUUUAGGAAUUUUUGGAGUUGGCAAGUUUGAAAUUUUCUGUUUGUUUAAUCUUGACUAGUAUUAUUUAGAGUGGACCCAAAAAACAAUAAAAAUAAUUCCAAGUUGGGACCAUUAGCUAG